GUAGUAGAAAAAAAAAAAAAAAAAAAUAUCUGGUUGCCAUGAAUUUGAGCUAGCUAGCCACCGACAUCUGUCAGUACACUUGAGUAAAACCAUCCAUGUCAAGACUCAAGCAGGAUAUUCGGAGUCGUGUGCUGCUUCUGUGUACAUAUAGGGACACAGCAGCCUGUCUGCCAACCUACUGUGAAUCGACCCAGCUGGCUAAGUGACUAGACCAGAAAACCUUGGCACUGUUGUGUGCCAGCUCAUUUCAAGACCCAGGGAUUUCUGAAUCCAGAAGAUGAACGGUCUGUCCAUACGAGAGCUAUGCUGCCUGUUCUGCUGCCCCCCUUGCCCGAGCCGCAUUGCAGCCAAACUGGCUUUCCUCCCUCCAGAGCCCACCUACGCCCUUAUCCCUGACCCAGAUCCAGGUUCUGGAGCUGGACCUGCUUCUGGAUCCAGCUCCGGGGCUGCAGUGCCUUCUCUUGGAGCCCCAGGACUGCGUUCCCGACUGGGCACUGGUAGUGGAAGUGACAGAGGAGGCGGCGGAGGUGGUGGUGGAGGUGGAGGGGGAGGAGGAGGAGGGGGAGGAGGGGGAGGAGGGGGAGGGGGAGGGGUAGGGGUAAGUGGUGGCAGCAGCAGUAGUGGGGGUGAAGGCAGGUGGAAGCUUCAUCUCACGGAGAGAGCGGAGUUCCAGUAUUCACAGAGAGAGCUGGAUGUAACGGAUGUAUUCCUGACCAGAUCUAGUCGAGGAAACAGGGUGGGCUGCAUGUACAUUCGCUGUGCCCCUAAUGCCAGGUUUACAGUGUUGUUUUCCCAUGGCAAUGCGGUAGACCUGGGCCAGAUGAGCAGCUUCUACAUCGGCUUAGGCACACGCAUCAACUGCAACAUCUUUUCCUAUGAUUACUCAGGCUACGGUGUUAGCACUGGCAAGCCCUCUGAGAAGAACCUUUACGCUGACAUUGAUGCUGCCUGGCACGCCCUGCGCUCCCGGUAUGGCAUCAGUCCUGAAAAUAUCAUCCUGUAUGGACAGAGCAUCGGCACGGUGCCCACAGUAGACUUGGCAUCACGGUUCGAGUGCGCUGCUGUGGUCCUCCACUCUCCUCUCACCUCUGGCAUGAGAGUGGCCUUUCCAGACACCAAGAAAACAUACUGCUUUGAUGCCUUCCCUAACAUAGAGAAAGUGUCAAAGAUCCCGUCUCCAGUGCUCAUCAUCCACGGUACAGAGGACGAGGUGAUCGACUUCUCUCACGGCCUUGCCCUGUUCGAGCGCUGUCCCAAGGCCGUGGAGCCCCUCUGGGUGGAGGGAGCCGGUCACAACGACAUUGAGCUUUACAGUCAGUACCUGGAGAGGCUACGGCGCUUCAUCAACCAGGACCUGGCUGCACAGCAUGCCUGAGAAACAAGCAACAGCCUCUAUGCGUUUGUAUGAAUGAGACAGUGUGCGUGUGAAACUAAGUGAGGAUGUCGGCGUGAUGGGUGAGAAACUGACUUAAAAAAAGGAUGUGUGAUUUUUGUCGCAUCUGUGUGUCUUUGAAACAACACAACUUUAAUUUACUUUUCACAGUACAACACAUGUUCAAAUAAUGUCCUCUUUUAAAGGUGAGAAUGGUUUUUAAUAUAUCAUCAGCUGCAUCCAUCUGUGCGGUGGAGUGUGGUGAAACACUAAAAACAAGAACUGAGAAUGAUCAACUUCACAGAUACGGUUUUUAAUGUGAGAGAAGUUUUGAAUUGCAGCUUUAAAAUGUGUCACACACAUGAAUUAAGAAAUAACAGUAAUGUGCUUUGUCCAAAAAAGGCACACAGAUGUAGGUCCAGUGUGUUACAUUUAGGAGGAUCUAUUGGCAGAAAUGGAAUAUAAUAUUCAUAGGUAUGUUUUUAUUCGUGUAACAAUCGGUUUUGCAGCCAACAUAGUUUCUCCUACACGCUUGAAAAUCUGAGCUGUAUUCAGAUGGCUGCAAUCUGCAAUUUCACCGCUAGAUGCUACUAAAUCUUACACACUGGUCCUUUUUAGUAUGCCAUGUUAGUGAAUGUAUGGGUCAUGGAUGUAAGUGCAUAUUCAUAUCUCCAUGGGCCUGUGACACCUGAGUAAUGCGUGCACAUGUUUGUAUGUGUGUGUGAGAGUUUCUGAGCGAGGCAGUGCUGAAAGAAAUGAAGGACAUCCUGAUGACUUGGACAGCUGCAAGUGGAGGAAGCUUAUGGAAACUUAUCAAUAAUGAUGGGUUUUUUCUUUUGGUUCUCUUUUUUUUUUGCGCGAGUAUGUAUGAAGAAUACCUCCACAGCUUGACCAGUUCUCUCUCCAGUGGACAAACACUGGUCAAGCAUGUGCCCCCCUCUCCCCCAGACCCCCUCUCCCCCAGACCCCCUCCUCCACUCCUUGUUUACCUGAUAAUGGACAUCCAUCUGACUGCCAGGGCAUUUUCCAAGUUGUUGUCCAGCUAACACUAACCUACUUUAUUCGUGUGGUUUGGGGGUCCAUCUCCUCUCCUUUUUCUGGUGGAUACACUAGUCUGGAAUACUGUCAUAGCCUGUAUGGCUGUUGGGUGUCUCGUACUUUCCUCUCCCUCAUUUCUGACUCUGAUGGGAUCACAGAAUGGCCAGCUUCCACUUCAUUUCCUCGCUGUGCUGUAGCUUUAGCCUUUUACUGCCAACAGAAUUGCAGCAGCAACUUACAGGGAAUUAUUUUGAUUUCCCUGUAUUGCUUUCCCCCCAUUCAGUCCUAUGUAUUUGUGAUCAAGAAUGACGUUGUGGUUGAAAUGGAAACAGGUCUUUUGAGGAUAUCGCUGUUUAUGUGGGCAUUUCUUUGGCAUUAAUGGAACAGCUAUAGAAGUGCAGAUUUACUUAGUCACAUUAGAUCGGUUGGCUCUAAACAGAGGGUUGUAGCCCUUCAAUAUUUACUGAUGCGUGAUGUUUUAAGGUUGGGCAGACUGCACUGACUAAGUAACAGCACCAAUAAGAUCAGAUUUAAAGGAAUAGUUCAACAUUUUCGGAAGUGGCUGCGCCCAGACAAGAAAUAGUCCCCCCCCCUUCUUCUAAUGUAACCCUUGGUGAGAAAAGCAUUUUUGUUGAACUAUACCUUUUUAAAGUCUGAAGUGCAGCUGUUGAGGAGGUCUGUGAAUAACGUGUCUGUUCUGGUGAACAUACACCUUUUUGGAGCUUGUUGUUCUUGCUGCAUAUGGAGGCUCUUAAGGUGUAAGGAGGCAAAAUAGCUGCUCAGUUCACCAAACUAAUGAGGAUUACGUCAGUUUUAUUCACAAUAAUCUUUUUGCUUCAACAGAAUCUCUUUUGUGUAAUAUUGAUUAACUCGUGGUCUUACAGCAGCACAGUUUGUUUUCCAAGUCUUGUUCCAGUAGCACUCAUUACCAGGGUUAGUCAGCCUCCUGUUCUUAUUCACCCUCAGCACAUUUUCUUUCUUCAAACGUUUUUGUCUUGAUGUAAUUAAUCCGAACGUGUUUGAUGUAGUGUAGGGCCAUGGAUUGUUUGUCUCAGAACCAUGCGUGUCAACGUUUGUGACUAACAGUGUGAUUCAGAUCGGGUGCCAGGACGUGGACAUCAUGCCUACUAGCUCUGUUUAACCUCUGUGGCCCUAAAAUGUACAGGAGCUCUCUUAUGGGUGGCAGCACGCUUCAUGUCUGACACAAGCCAUAUUUGAGCCUCUCACUGUUUAGUGUGGUGCAGGUUCCACCACACACACCUUUGCACAUCAUCACACACACACACACACAUUCAAACACAACAUACACACAUACAUACACACACGUAAUACAUGUACUGUAGUAUACAGUAUAUUUACACUUAUAUAUAUCAGAUCAAGCAUGACAAAAGCAGGUCUUAAGUUCAGCACUAUUGUAUAAAGCAUCCAAAGUGUAAUAAGGGUAUAAAAUGUAAGUUUGUGUGUCUUCAUUAUUAUUGACUGUCUUCUACAGGCCAGCAUUAAGGAUACUAACAUCAUGUUUGAAUAAGUAGUAAUAGGCCCUGUGUGUCGACCUGAAAAAGUAAAAGAACUGGUUUCAGAUCUAUAUGUGUCUGCUGCAAAGGAGACCCAUCAGUUUCAGUGAUAGUAGCUGCGCUUUUUUUUUAAGGGAACAUGUACUGAACUAGCACUGAUCUGAUUACUCCAUUUUGGGAGUACAAGUGGGUCUUGGUAAGCAUUGGAAAGGAUACUGAACACCACUCGCUCUCUGUCAUCACUUCGAACAGGGAAUCUUUCCA